AUGGGCACCUUGGCGCUUGCGCUAUUUAACUCUGCGGGGUACUUUGAGCCAAAACCCAUCAACUCGCCUUAUGAGCCCGGAAUUCCUACGGGUAACCGCGCCAUGGCGGGUAUUGUCCGCACGUUUGGCGUUAUUUAUGCCCUGAUCUCUGUGCUUACGCUGCUCUGGGGCCUGUACAGCUACCAGCGCCGCGUGACACUGAUCAAAAGCAGGCAUCCUGGCACUUUUGUGAAGCAGCACUUUUAA